AUGAAGUUAAGAUGGAAAUCGGCACGUAACAUCCAUACAACAAGCAAUCAGCAUAUUCUUCUUUCGUUUUUGUUUUCUUAUGCUUUCUUUCUUUCGCUUUCUAUUUCGUUUCUAUUAUCAUCUGCUUUCAAUUAUUUCUUUUUCUUCUUUUUAUUAGCUACCGUUCUCAUUUCCAAUUCUUUCUUUUUUUACUCCUUUUCCUUUCCUUUCUUUUCUUUUUUUUUGUUUUCUUUUUCUUUCGUAUUAUCAUUUUUUCCGCCUUUAAAUUUGUUGCUCCGUUCCAUCUUAUUUUUAACUCUUUUCUCUUCAUUCCACUUUUAUAGAAAUUUUCCUUCUAUCUUUCGUAUUUUUUUCUUUUCUUUGGUUUCCUUUUUUUUCUUUGAUUUUUUUAUUAUUUUUAUUUUAAAUCUUCUGGAAUUUUUGUUUUAUUUUCUUUCUUUCCUUCUUUCUUUCUUUUUUUUUUUUUUUUUUUUUUUGCUUUCCUCUAUAUAUGUUUAUUUUUUUUUUAAUUUUCUUUACAUCCUUCUUUCUAAAUUUUUCUUGUUCUUUUCUUCGUUAUUUUCUACUUUAAUUUUCUUUAUUUUUUCUGUUUUCUUUCCUUUUUCUCUUUUCAGUCUUUUAUUUUCUUUCUUCCUCAUUCUUCUUUCGUUCUUUCCUUCGUUUUCUUCUUUUUAUUUCAAUUUACCUUUCUUCUUUUUUUUCCUUUCUUAA